CGCCUCUGGAAUUUUGCGACUACCCUCAUGCUCCAGCCAAAUUCACACUACCCCAAAGUCUGCUAAGAGAAUGUCCUGCAGCUCCAUCAGCGCCGGGAAGCGAAGCAUCAGUGGCCGCCGUAGCCCGCCCGCAAGCAUGUGUUUAAAUACUAGAUAGUUCCGCUGCUUCCCCGGUGCAAGCGGAUUCUCUCUCCCACCAUUCGAUGUGAUCCUCGUUCACUGGUUGUUUGUAGUAGUUCACGUUCCGUACUACCACGCUCGCUGGUCGUCGCCAUGUUUCCCUUUUCAUUCGGCUUGUUCCCUAAUUGGAGUUGGUUUUGUAUUUUUGUCACACUCUUCCUCUUUCGAUACUUCAGACUUUGGGUCAACCUCGCAAGCAAUUGGACGUAUACACCCAUCCAGCCUGUCGACGACCCUACCAUCACAUCCAAAGAUGUCACAGUCAUCAUCCCAACUGUGGCUGAAGACCUUCAACAGUUGAAGGAAACAGUCCAAAGCGCCCACCGCCUCGAACCCUACGAGCUGAUCCUCGUGACACCUGACUCAAGAAUCAAGCGUGUCUACCAGUUGGUUGAAGAGCUAGGCACCCCUAAGCUUAUCCAGGUGUUAUCUGUCAGCCAGGCCAACAAGCGUCGCCAGCUGUGUCGGGCAAUUCCGGAGGUUGAGACAAAGAUCACACUACUGCUAGACGACGAUGUCUGGCUGCCAGAGAAGUUCAGCAAAUGGCUCCUGGCGCCUUUCGAGGACCCUCGUAUGGGAGGUGUUGGAACAAACCAACAGCUUCGCCGCGUAAACCGCAACAACAUCUGGGAGUUCCUCGGCGCCAUGUACCUUGUCAGGAGGAACUUCGAUUGCACCGCCUGCAACUGGAUCGACGGUGGCCUGCCAUGCCUGUCUGGCCGAGCAGUAGCGUAUCGAUCGGAGAUCCUGCAGGACCCCAAAUUCACGUACGGCUUCACACACGAGACCUGGGGUAGCGACCACUUCCUCAAUGCCGACGACGACAACUUCAUCACACGAUGGCUCUUCAACAACAACUGGAAGAUCCAGAUCCAAAAUCACCGCGAAUGCGAAGUCGAAACAACACUCGAGAGUGACUCGAAGUACCUGCGGCAGUGUCUGCGGUGGGUGCGCUCUAAUUGGAGGAGCAACCUAACGAGUCUGGCUGACAUUUCAAUGUGGAUAAGCUAUCCAUGGUCACUCUACGCCGUCUUCCAGACCACCAUUACGCAAUGGGCGUUCCUCCUUGACUGUCUCCUAUUCGCUUCCUUCCACUUCGCAUUAUCGGAAGCAGGAUACUAUGCAGUGGACGGUGAGGUGCAGCCCGAGGCCGAGCAAUGGCAGCUGUCGUUGUUCUGGGGGCUGUUCCUUGCACACUUCGUCUUCGCAAAGACGAUCAAGCUAAUUCCGCAUUUGUUAAGAAACCCGGGCGACGUGCGCUUUAUCCCGGUCUCGGUCGCAUUUGGCUAUUUCCACAACCUGAUCAAGCUGUACGGCUGCAUCACUGUCACAGAGACAACCUGGGGCACUCGUGAAGGUGCAGACGCCGACGACAACAUCAGGAUGUUGCCCAUCCCAAACACACCGAUGACACCUCCUAUGACUCCUACUCCAGAGCAGAGUAAGCUUCGCGAGAGAAGCGCCAUGUUUUCCACUGCCGCGAGUUGAGGUGCGGCAUCCGCUUUGACCAGCACACAUCCCGGCCAGUGGAGGCGUCUUGACCGCAUGAGGACGCAGUAAUUUAGACGUUCGACGAUCCACACCAUCGCUCCAUCACCACAUCCGCCUGAUCGAGUCGAGCCGGUGUUUUGUUUCAUUUUUCUCUUUUCAGCGAGCAUCAUGUCUGGGAAUAUAUCCUCUUGGUCACCAAAACAGGACGGACCGGCUACACGGCGUUCAGGGGCAUCGGCCAUUGUCGAUGCAAAAUUGCAGCGCUUUCUUCUCGUCACUCAGGCAUUUCAGGGCAUCUUCGCUCAUGUAGUCUACACAAAAAGUUGCUGUGGCAUGUUAGCAUUAGUUCACGGAUACGCCUAUAAAACUCUCAAGUUCGGCUCUUUCCAA